AUGACAUCAGAGGUAAUACUCGGAACGACCGCUAUUCAGGCCUACCUAGUGACAUCUAGCGAUGAACAUCAGAGCACUGACGUCGACGAAUUCGACAAACGUUGGGAGUUCAUUUCCGGUUUCAGCGGAAGCUACAGCAACAUCAUAGUGACCGCCAACAAAGCCGCGUUAUGGACAGACGGCAGAUUUUCUUUACAAGCAGACGAAGAAAUUGACUGUCAUUGGCUGCUAUUUAAAGAAGGGCGAAAAAAAAUUAAAACAAUGUCUCAGUGGUUGAGACAAGAAUUGCCGAAGGGUGGACGAUUAGGGAUCAAUCCGAAAUUAGUUUCGGAGCACAUGUGGAACAGACUUUCCAGUGAACUCAGGGGAUCUGGGAUUGAAUUGGUGGGGUUAAAUGUCAGUUUGGUUGAUGUAAUUUGGCCUGAUGAUUUUAGAAAAGCCAGGAGAAGCAAAGAAGCGUUUAUCUUGGACGUUACAUACACUGGUAAAAGUUACAUAACAAAAAUAAACGAAACAAGGAACAAAUUAUUAACUCACGGAGCUGAUGCCAUGGUUGUUACAGCUUUAGAUGAAAUAGCUUGGUUACUAAAUGUAAGAGGAAGAGACGUUCCGAAUUCACCUUACGUCAGAAGUUACGUUAUCUUAGACAUGAAAACCGUAUUUUGGUAUGUCAACAGCAGCCAAAUUCCCGAAACUGUAAGGGAACAGUUGCAUUACGAUGCUAAAAUAUUUGGAAGUGAUACUGUUAACCUGAAACCCUACGAACAAAUUUGGACGGAUUUAGGAACGAAAUCACAACUUUACCAAAAAAUCUUGAUACCUUCGCAUUGUGUCUACAGCGAGGGGGCCAGUCAUGCUAUUUACGAGCACAUUUUUCCAGACAGGAGAUUUUUAAUGCAGUCUCCGAUCAUCUACUUAAAAGCUGUAAAAAACCAAGUAGAAAUUGAAUUCAUGCAGUACACUAACAUUAGAGAUGCGGCAGCUGUGUGUGAUUGUUUCUCUUAUAUCCAGAAAAAGAUGAACGAAGACGAAAAAAUAAUGGAAACGGAUUUGGUACAGUAUUUGAACGAAUACAGAUAUGAACAGAAUCAUAGUUUAGGUAACAGUUUUAGAACAAGAGUAGGUUUUGGUUCCAACGCUGCUUUUCCCAAUUAUGAACCUACUGUAAAUACAAAUGUACAAAUUUUCAAAAACAGUACACUCGUUCUGGAUUCAGGAGGCCAAUAUUACGGUGGUACCACCGAAGUAACACGUACUCUUCACUUUGGUGAACCCACCGAUGACAUGAAAGAGGCAUACACAAGAGUACUAAUUGGCCUCAUCACGCUGUCAACUUUGACGUUUCCUAGCACCAUGAAAAUGGCGGUGGCCGACUCUUUAGCUAGGGCGUCACUUUGGGAAGUCGGUUUGGACUAUGCACAUGAAACCGGGCACGGAAUAGGGUCAUUUUUAGGAGUUAAUGAAUCUCCAAUAAAGGUUCAUUUCAACUCUGAGGUUAGCGCUCAGCAAAAAUUUAAACCUGGCUAUUUUCUUUCCAACGGACCUGCAUAUUAUAGAGAAGGAGUUUUUGGAGUAAGAUUGGAGAAUAUUCUGCAGGUUAUAGAAAAGCCUUGGUUAAAACAUAUUGAACACAGUUAUUACGGAUUUAAAACCAUUACUUACGUUCCAUUUGAACCCAAUUUGAUUAAACUGAGUUUAUUAUCAAUUCAUCAGAGAAAAUGGUUGAAUAAUUACAACGAACAGGUACGCCAUUUGGUCGGAGAAGAAUUGAAAAAACAAAAGAGGAUGGAAGGAUUUUAUUGGAUGAUGGACAAAACUCAAUAUAUUCCAGAAAAUAAGUCUUCUAGUAUUACGAGCACAUUCUACCUCAUUAUUUUUUUAAAUGUAAUUUUAUUAUUCAAUAAAUUCUAA